GCCGAUGACAGGGAGAAAGCUUUCCCACACCCUAGGAUCGACUAAACAAGGAAAAAGGAAGAAUACGACAAAAUGGGUUUACGAGCAUUACGUCUUGCUUACUCACGAUCAACAUAUCUGAAAUCGAGACGAUCAACACGUUCUUAUGGUACAGCCGCGAAGAAGGUCAUCAUCGUUGCAGUCUUCUUUGUUUUAACGCUUGGUAGAACUGGGGCAGAUUUCCUAUGCAAGCCAGACCAGAUACUUCUGAAUUACACUGGUGGAAAGGUGGAAUAUCUAUGUUUGGAGUGUCCUGCCUGUCCCCCAGGAUCACAACCUUCUGUUCCUUGUGGAGACACAAUAAAAAACUGGACAGCCAUACACUGCGUUCCAUGCCUACUUGGAAAAGAAUUUUCUGACAAUUACGACAAAGCUCCGUGCGCGGCUUGUACUGUAUGCUCGAAAGGGAAGGCAGUGUUGAAGAACUGCACUCGUGUAUCAAACAGUAAGUGCAGUAGAUGCAGAAAAGGAUAUUAUCAUGAGCCUUUCUCGUUUGAUUGCAAGCCUUGUGCGGAGUGCUGUGGCGAUAGAAAUGAUGAAUAUGCCAAAGAAUGCGAGCGCCAUAAUCAUAAAUGCAAAGUUCGACCUACACCAUGCAGCCACACCCAGACAACUCUUUCGAAAACAUCGACGCCUACUGGAACUGUGCCAACAACUCAGGAGACACAUCUUACUAAUAUAUACAACAAAAUAACGACGGAACACAAGGAAGAGAAAGGCCUACCUUUUAAUGAGCUGAGGUCGUCGUUGAAACCAACCCAGGCUGAUGACAAGGUCCCAAACAAAAAAGGAGUGUCUGGGGAUGCCACUGGGUCUGAAAUUUCGCUUGUAAUAGUCCUGUUUGUUUUCGUUGCUGUAUUUUGCCUAGUAGUUCUUUUCUUGAUUAUCUUUAAGAAAUCCGUUAGACUAAGACAUACGUUACGGCGUUCAAAAGCGAUGGCCUCGAGGGAUAUUGAAGGUAAUUCCUCCCACGGAAGAGCACGAACUGAGUCCAAUCGGUCACAGUCCAGAGGUUCAGAAUCUACCCUUUUCAAUCCAGCUACAUAUCCGCAAAAUGUGCCUAUUGGGUUUGAAGUACCUCCCCCAAGUGAACCAGCAUUACCAACCCUUGAUCGGUCUGAAUCCCCUCUUUCAAACUGCUGGGAGCCCCAUUAUCCCAUUCAGUCUGAGCCAUUUCAGCCCGAAACAACGCAAGUAAGAGGAUCACCAUCAUCUCCUCGUAUCUUUACUGAAUCAUCUGAGAAAACUGUAUGUGCUUUUCCCCGGUCUGGAAAAUCUACAUCACCACCCCAACACCGGUUUGAAGAGGCAUCUUACCCAAACCUUAGUGAUUCCUCUCAAUCCGACCAGAAUGCUUCCUCUUUGAACCGUUCAUGUCCAUUAACUAAGCCCGGAGGACCCGAAUCGUCUCAUGCGGACCACUGCGAUUCACCUCAUAUGAACGUUCACACUACAUUACCUCUGCCCAAAUCAUCAGAGUCCACUCGCUCAAGCACGCCUGUGAAAAUUCGAGAAACUUUAAAGCCCGGCGUUAUGACCCUCGAAAAGUUGGAAGGAAAGCAUUUCGAAGUUUUUGAUCAGAUGUGCAUGAAGCUUGAUGAAAAAAGACCAGGCAUGGGAGAAGACUUUGAAAGGUUGGCUUCAUGCUACACUGAUAUAUCGUGCGAAAUGCGAAACUCUUUGAAACGUGAGUUUCACACUCGCGACGGGAGCCCCUCUCGCGCUUUGAUGAUUCACCUAAAGGCCGCUUUAUACCCGAAUAGGCCCCUUCAUGAACUGAUGAACAACCUGGAAAGAAUUGGCCGGAAGGAUAUAGUAGAGAAAUUAAUGCCAUACGUUACUCAAAACGAUGACAGUUCACCAACACAAGGACGUUCGCCACGCGUUAAUUGCUAAAGAAAGUAAAGGGGGAGGGAGGGGGAGGGAGGGGGAGCAUAGGGACCGGUCAUUAAUUAUAACUUGGGGGGGGUCGAGGAUUAUGAUUGUCACGAUAAAAUUUACCCGAUCCUCCCAAAAAGCUUUCUAAUACUCUUAUGACCCCCCCCCCCCCUACAUCGGCAACUAAUUGGCAGCCUCCGCUUAUAGAUAUAGUACCCUCUUUAUACUCUCAAGCUGAUAACCCUCCGUUUCCCCUAGGAACCAUGUGAUUCCACGGCCCCCAGAAUCCUCCAACUGCACCCCUCCCCUCCCUUAGGAUGAAUAGUGAUCGGUCCUUUAACAAAACUUGCUGAGGCCAAAAUGCAGUCACGGUCAAAAUGUUUUGCUCCGCGUUGUCACCGAAAUUCAGAUAUGCUAUAAACAAUAUGCAUCAUCAGGAAGAUCUCCUGGCAUGUCCCGUAGUAGAAAUGAACUCUUCUGAAAGCCAGAAAUAAAAAUCCUUUCUCUAAAUCUACACUUGUAUACAAGGUGACAAUGGAGGUACUGUCUGAUACUGGCCAGUUCGUUGGAAACACAUUUACUAGACUAGAUAGCUUUAGACUGCAAAUUGACAAAAAUAUACAAAACGGCACUUUGUAUUUGUCGAUAAUUUUUGCCACAAAAUGUUGAUGGGAGUAUAGCUAGUCCCCCAGUUGCAUUUUUAAUUUUUUUUUUCGUGCAAAAAAAUUGUGCUUAAAAAUAUUUUAUCCAUUUCUCAUUAAUCUCACCUUCGCCACUUCUUUGGGUUGAGAAUUUUGUUUAUUGGUCUUGUAUUGAGAAAACACCUAACUUAGCCAAGAGAAAAUAAUGGGAUCCCUUGACUUCGCUUAUGACGACAAGAUCACAUUAAUUUUAGGAUUGCUUAAAAUGUUACACAAUAUCGGGAAUCUUGUCAUAAGGCUAGGUUUUCAGUUGUGGACGUGAUUUUAUUUCAGUGAGCUUUUGUUUGAAUGUGGUUCGAUUUUUGCCACUUCAUUUGACUCAGUAGUCUUUCUCGUGAGUAGGGGAGCGUGGGUUCAUUUGCCCAAGAGCGGGAACCCAUUGAACCUGCUUAGUGAAACAGUUUAGUCAAACGUUUGUUGCCUGUGCGCUAUAGUUGAAAUGACCAAGUUGCGGCCCUAUAUCUUGUUUUCAGGCCAACAAAAGCAAGUUUCCUCGCAGGAGUUGUUCACAACAUAAGCCUAUAACACAAGAAGUAAAUAGUUUUUUUGAUCAACCUCAGUCAAAAAGAUACCUUUAAUUCAUUGAUUUGCAUAUUAGGAAAGUCUCAAGUUUUUCUUUCCGCUGCGUUGGUUCCAUUAAUGCACCUUUGUGAGUGUGACACCAGGUGUGGUGUGAUGUGUGACUGUCCUAAAUUGACCGACUGGGUGUAUGCCAAUCGUUUAAUCAUCGGGUUUUGUAAAAAACUUCGACUACGAAAAAAAUUGACUACGUCUUUUUGCUUUCUAACGGCUUGUCGUUGAGCAGAGAAACCAGUUAAUUCCACGUUAAAUGUUAGCUUGUAGGAUAUUAAACCCGGAAGAGUUUCAUGAUAUUGAUAUAGAACACCUGGAUGAAACGCAUGGCUGGGGAAAACCAGUUCCAAUACAUUGAGGCACAGCCAUCACCAUGAUGUAUUUUUUUCAAGUUUCCUAACUAAGUAGUCAUCACUUCAUUUUUAAGUAGUCUGUUCCUUACGCAAUGAGGGAAACUAAAGCAAAACGAAAACGACGAACAUGACGCAAAAACAAUGACAUAAAAAAAAAAACCGUAAAGAGUUAGUCCAUUGGUCGUGUGAGCUACAACUGUAGUUUAUGUUAAACGGUAAUUAUUAAAUUUUCAGCCGUGAUUGCUGAGUGCUGUCGCAUUUUUCCGUUGAGCUGCUUUUCAUGCCUGAUUUGCAAAUUUUACACUCAAUUAAUGUACUUAGGCUGGUGUGUGUAAGUAAUACCUCUUACUAACCGAGUUCGAGGUCUUCCCUUGAGUUACAGACCAAAUUUUCUCCACGGAGUUACGCCUUAAGCGUGUAGUAUGAGGGUUUUAUAAUCCGGACGGAAAAAUCGGUCCAUAACUUACAGUACGUACCUAGAAAAUGAUGUUAGUAAGGUUAUGUAAUUUAUCUCUGGGUUCAAAUAACGAGGAAAUAUUUCAAUUCAAACAAAAUUUUCAACUUAACGGGAUCUACAAUGAAAUACAGCCCUUUUAAAUGGCCAAGCAUAGCGCGCGUAAAAAUAAACCCAUGUUAUUCGUUUAUCUUAGGUAUUGAAUUAGGUAACUAUGCUAAGUAUCCCUAUGUUAUUAAUGACGGCCUUAUAAGUUAUUUAUAAGUGGUGUUAUCGUUAUGAUAUUCUAUAAAGAACUUCAGCUUGUAAAGAUGUCUUAAUUUGAGGAUUACAACGAAAAGGUAAUUUAAAUUAUGAUCUUUAAUUAUUUAAAUAAUAAAAUAUUUAGUUCAUAAGAAUAAAGAAAAUCUCUUUCAUUGAGGAAUUA